AGCGUAGUCUGAAUAUUGGAAUUCUUCAUCCUGUGAAGAUCAAUAUUGCAAGAUUCAGCUCCCACAGUUCUCCAAGGAGUUAUAUACGUUGAGGAGUUUUUCCGUGACAUUCUCCAGAGAUGGCCGAGGUUAUGAGCGGUAACAAUCCUCAAGCGGACAAAGGGAAUGCAAAAUUUAAUGAAUUGUUGGAAUGUUUUAAAAAAGGUGGCUUAACAGACUUAAUACAGUAUCCCGACUACGUUUCUACACUCGAUUUUUCUGCGCAGAAUCUUCGAUAUAGAGAACCCGGAAUACGAAUGCCUGCCUUUAUCCUUAUUCCCGAGGACGAAGGGCAGCUGCAAAAUAUUGUGUCUCUACUCUUUAAUUACAGUCUGAGGAUUCGUGUUCGAUGUGGAGGACACAGCUACGAGGGGCUUUCCUACACUGCCGACGCUCCUUUCGCUCUUAUCGAUCUUCAAAAGCUGAACAAAGUCAGUGUGGACAAGAAAUCAGAGACGGCCUGGGUAGAAGGAGGCGCCACGUUAGGUGAAGUUUAUUCUGCUAUUGCUGAAAGUUCGUCUGAGCUCGCGUUUCCUGCAGGAAUUUGCCACACGGUGGGCUCCGGUGGUCAUUUCGCCGGCGGGGGGCUGGGCUUUCUAUCGAGAAAGUACGGCCUUUCAGCUGACAAUGUGUUGGACGCCCGCCUGAUAAAUGGGUCAGGGGAGAUGGUGGAUAGAAGCAAAAUGGACAAAGAUGUGUUUUGGGCUCUCAGAGGAGGCGGCGGUGGCAGCUGGGGAGUUGUUUGUGCCUGGAAAAUCCGGUUGGUGAGGGUACCUCCAAUUUUAACAGCCUUCAAAGUGUUUAAACAUGGUACUGAUAUUGUCACGGAGACCGUGAACAGAUGGCAAUAUGUUGCUCCCGAAAUGGAGGACGACAUCUUCAUGCAAGUAAAGGUCGACUUCAACGAGAGAAAAGUAAUCAGAGCCUUGUUCGAAGGAACAUACCUUGGGCCUAAGACCAAGCUGCUGAAUAAAAUUGCGCAGAGCUUCCCAGAGCUUCAAAUGGCGGCGGCGGAUUGUGAAGAAAUGAGUUGGAUAGAGUCAAUUGCCUACUUUGAUUACAACAUCCCAGUCAACGAAUUGACUAACAGGUAUUAUUACAAGAAGCUCUACUUCAAAGUCAAAUCAGAUUUUGCUAAGACACCUCUUCCAGAAUCUGCACUCAGAGGACUCUGGAGCAGGAUGAAAGGAGGCUUCCCGUCUGUGUAUACAGUUUUCGCUCCCUUGGGAGGUAAGAUAGGCAGGAUACCCUCCUCCGCGACGCCGUUUCCUCAGCGGGCAGGGACAUUGUUCUACAUGCACUACAACGUGUUCUGGACUGAGAGUGGUGAAGAUGAUUACUUCCUUAACUGGAUGAGGGAUCUUUACGAGUACAUGGAACGUCAUGUCUCCCAUUCUCCGAGGGCUGCAUACGUCAACUUUCUCGACCUUGAUCUGGGCACUGGCCACGCUUCUGUUGAAGAGGCCAGAGUUUGGGGUGAAAAGUAUUUUGGUGCUGCAAAUUUCGCUAGGCUUGUUCACGCUAAAGCGCAGGUGGAUCCCGCAAACAACUUCAAUAAUCCUCAGAGCAUUCCUCCGGGAGUGAUAAAUUAUAAUUAAGAUGUAAAGUCUA